AUGACGUCCCAUUCACCCCCGCAACCGCCCAGCACCACCUCCUCCCCAACCAUAGACGAAGUCGACCGCGAAGCCAUCGCCGCCGAACAAGACGCAACCCCCUACCGCUUCCCGGGCCCCCACCCCCUCUCCCGGACGCACUCCCUCGCCGCCGAAGAAUCCCCCGUCUACUCCGACCAAGAAACCUACCGGCGCCGGCCCAGCGAUGAAAUCGAGCGCGUCUCGACCUCCUCCUCCUCUGCGGCCACCACUUCCGCCCGUCAACGCCACCAUGACAUCGACGGCCUGUCUUACCGUCCGGCGGCCAUGAGCCGCGUGCCUACGCAGCUCGAGCCCAUUGAUGCGCACCCCUCGGAGCUUGAGAGGAUAGCUACGCAGCGGAGUCAGCAGGCCGAGACGGUGGGAAGGAGGGUGAGUACGAGGAGGUCGAGGUGGUCGAGGAGGUCAGAGAAGCCGUUGCCGGCGUUUGGGGCGGGGAAGCCGUAUCCGCCUAUGCUGCCUGAGCGGGACGAGUAUGUUGUUGAGUUUGAUGGGACGGAUGAUCCUUUGCAUCCGCACAAUUGGCCCCUCAAGAAGAAGCUGUACACGGCCGCCAUCUUGGGCUACACCACCCUCGCCGCCGUCUUCGCCUCCAGCCUCUUCACCCCCGCCAUCUACUACAUCUCCGCUCACUACCACGUUGGCACCACCGUAGCCCUCCUAGGCAUAACCUGCUUCAUCCUCGGCUUCGCCUUCGGCCCCAGCUUCUGGGCCCCUCUCUCCGAGUUGAAAGGCCGUCGUCUCCCCAUCAUUAUCUCCAUGUUCGGCUUCACGCUCUUCUCCAUCGCCACGGGAACGGCAGAGAACCUGCAGACCAUCAUCAUCUGCCGCUUCUUCUCGGGUCUCUUCGGCGCGGGUCCCAUCGCCGUCGUGGCCGCCGUUUUCUCUGACAUGUUCGAUAACCGCACGCGAGGUAUCGCCAUUACGGUCUUCUCCAUGACCGUCUUCACGGGACCCAUGCUCGCGCCCUUUAUUGGUGGGUAUAUCAUGGAGAACCCGCACAUGAGCUGGCGCUGGACCGCAUACAUCCCCGCCAUCAUGGGCGCCCUGGCGCUGCUUCUCGACCUGUUCUUCCUCGAGGAAACCUACCCGCCCGCCAUCCUCGUCGAAAAGGCCGCCGAGCUCAGGAGGCGGACGAGGAACUGGGGCAUCCACGCCAAGCAGGAAGAAAUCGAAGUCGACUUCGGCGAGCUCAUCAGCAAGAACUUCUCGCGUCCCAUGCGUCUUCUCUUCGGCGAGCCCAUCGUCCUCCUGCUCACCAUCUACACGGCCUUCAUCUACGGCCUUCUCUACCUCUUCAUGACCGCCUACCCGGCCGUGUAUCAGCGCGUCCACGGGUUUUCCCCGGGUCAGGCGGGUCUUCCGUUCUUCGGGAUGAUUAUCGGCCAGUUGCUUGCCGGUGUGGCUAUGCUUCUUCAGCAGCCUGCGUAUCAGAGGAAGUUGGCGGCGAAUCAUAACAUUCCUAUUCCUGAGUGGAGGUUGCCUUCUGUUGCUAUUGGCGGUAUUUCUUUCACUAUUGGUAUCUUUUGGUUCGGGUGGACUGGUUUCACCAAGGAUAUCCAUUGGAUCGUGCCCACUCUUAGCGGCAUCCUCACUGGAUUCGGUCUUCUGUCCAUCUUCCUUCAGGCCAUCAACUACCUCGUUGAUGCCUACCUCAUGUUCGCCGCCUCUGCCAUCGCAGCCAACACCUUCCUCCGCUCCCUCGCGGGCGCAGCCUUCCCCCUCUUCGCCAACCAAAUGUUCAACGGCCUCGGCAUCCAAUGGGCCGCCACCCUCCUCGGCUGCGUCGCAGCCCUUCUCGUCCCCAUCCCCGUCGCCUUCUACAUCUACGGCGCCCGCCUCCGAGCCCGUAGCGCCUUUGCCCCCGUCAUGAUGCCCCCUCCUAGCCCCGAGGCUGAGGUCAACGGCGAGAAGGUUGGCGAUGCGGAUUUGCAUGGUGAGAGGAGGAGUGGGAGUAGCAGGGGGGAACAUAUGGUUUAG